AUGUCCUUUGACCAGGCUUUGGCUCAACUGGAAUUCAGUGACCAAAAAACAGGGGCCCGAAUAAUGAAAGAGGUUCUCUUAAAAGCCCAAGAUAUAGCAGUGGGAGAUCACAAUGUGGAGUUCAGAUCCAACUUAUAUAUGGCUGAGUCCACUUCAGGGCAAGGCCAGUACUUGAUACACAUCGAUAUCACCAUGGGGGUGGCUUUGGGAUCAUGGGAUUAUUUUGUGAAGUUGGUGGAUGGCCCCUCACCUCCACAUGAGGCACCAAAGACAGUGUAA